AUGACGGGCUGCAAGUCUAACGGCUUUGUUGCCAUCGUCCUUGGGCUGGCCGACACGUACGCCAAGCGGAACGGCCUCGACUUCUCCGAGGCCGACCAGAUCGUCUAUAACAGGUGGCUGGCCGACGCAGCGCACAACCUCGGACUGGGCGUCGGGCUGCAGAACGACGUUGACCAUAUUUCCCAGCUGGUGGACGCCGUCGACUUCUUUGUGAACGAGUGA